AUGGGUGGUUUCAAGGCCGUCGAGGACCGGCCGACGCCGAAAGAGGUUUACAACUGGCGCCUGUACCUCGAGGCGUCCAUCAUCGCAACCGGAUCUUUGCUGUUCGGUUACGAUUCUGCCUUCAUCGGAACCACCAUCGCUCGAACCGGUUUCAAGAGGGACUUCGGAAUCAACUCCCAGAACUCCGACAACAUCUCGAGUAACAUCACCUCGGCUUUCCAGGCCGGUGCUCUCGGCGGAGCGGUACUUUGCUUCUUCAUCACCGAGCGUCUUGGCAGAAAAUGGACUCUGCAAGCCAACGUCGUCAUCUUCCUCAUCGGUGCCAUUCUCAUGGUCGCCGCGACAAACCAGCUCUCAUACAUCUAUGCGGGCCGCGCCUUGACGGGUAUUGGUUGCGGUGGCAUCACGGCCACGGUCCCCUCCUACAUCGGCGAGCUCUCGAUUCCCUCGAUCCGCGGCAUCCUCACCGGUCUCUUCGAAGUCGCUUACCAAGUCGGUUCGGUCAUCGGGUUCUGGAUCAACUUCGGCAUCACCCAGAACAUUAACCCGAACUCGGCUGUCAGCUGGAGGAUCCCGAUGGCGUUCCAGCUCGUCCCCUCCGGCAUUCUCUUUAUUGGGUGUUUCUUCAUCCACGAGAGCCCGUUGUGGUUGAUGCGUAAGGGCAAGACCGAGCAGGCGCACAAGGUCCUCGAGACGAUUAGACAUCUUCCCAUUGAUCACAAGUAUAUGCAAGAGGAGAUUGAUAUGUUGCAGAAGAAGAUGGACGAGGAGGCAUCCGUUGCUAGCGGUUACGGUAGCGGCCAGAUGGCUUAUUUCCGUGGCGUUGUCAACAUUCUGUGCCGCAAGGGCAUGUGGAAUCGCCUGGUCCUGGUCUUCUGCAUCUUUGCGCUGAACAACCUGUCCGGUGCUGCUGCCAUCAACUACUAUUCUCCGACCCUGUUCUCGUCCAUCGGAAUCACGGACGUCGCUCUCUACACCGGUAUCUACGGCUUGAUCAAGGCCAUUGCUUCAAUCAUCUACUUUAUCUUCCUCAUCGACCUCCUCGGCCGAAGAUGGCCCGCCAUCCUGUCGUCAUUCAUUUGCGCUCUCUGUCUCUUCGUUGUCGGAGCCUACGUCAAGAUUGGUCACCCUGCCGACAUCAUUGCCGCCGGAAAGGAGCUUUCCGCCUCGACUGCCGCUGGAGGUAAAGCGGCUACCGGAAUGAUCAUGAUUUACUCCAUCUGCUGGUCCUUCGGACUAAACGGUAUCCCCUGGAUUGUCUCCGCCGAGAUCUUCCCGGGCGCUCUGCGCAACUUCACCGGCACCUUCGCUGCCCUGUCUGUCUGGGUCACGCAGUUCGCCAUCACCAAGGCACUUCCUUACAUCUUCAGCUCCUUCGGCUACGGCACGUGGUUCUUCUUCGCCGGCUGGAUGAUUGUCGCAACGGUCUACUGCUUCCUCUGCCUUCCUGAAACGAAGGGUCUCACCAUGGACCAGAUGGACGUUAUCUUUGGUUACGCUCACGAUGCUCGCCCUGAGCCAUCAGCCAAGGUCAUCGACAACACUUUUGACGACGCGGAUAAGGCUAAGCAGAGUGUGCACACGGAGGAUGCAUAA